CAGCAACCUCAGACCCCCCAGGAUCUUCAACUUAAGAGCCCCCAGCAACCUCAGAUCCCUUACCCUCAUCCACCUCAGAUUCCCCAGGAACGUCAACUUCAGAGCCCCCAGCAACCUCAGAUCCCUUACCCUCAGCAACCUCAGAAUCUUAACUUUCAGCAACCUCAGAUCCUUUACCCUCAGCAACCUCAGAACCCCCAGGAACGUCAACUUCAGAGCCCCCAGCAACCUCAGAUCCCUUACCCUCAGCAACCUCAGAUCCCUUACCCUCAGCAACCUCAGAAUCUUUACCCUCAGCAACCUCAGAUCCCCCAGGAUCGUCAACUUAAGAGCCCCCAGCAACCUCAGAUCCCUUACCCUCAGCAACCUCAGAACCCCCAGGAACGUCAACUUCAGAGCCCCCAGCAACCUCAGA